AUGCACAAACUGCACUCGACGACACUCCUCGGCGACGACGACGAUCCUCGCACGCUCCGAGAUGUGGCCCACGAGAAUCUCGACCGCCUUUUGCGCCGCAGCCGCGACGAACCGUGGGUGUGUGUGAAAGCAACACCAGGCUUGCACAUUUUUCACGAUCAAGGCGGCAGCACGUACCAAGCCGCGGCGGUCGUCGACGCGUCCAUGGACGAGAUCAAAGGGUUUGUCUCGCUCGUCACGACCGAGGAGAUGCGCGCCAACAUUGGCCAGCACAUGUACGAAGACAUAUUAGACAGCAACAUUUUGCAUGCUGUCGCCGCCGACGAGCGCAUUUUCGUGCGCUGGCUCGCCCUCGCGUGUCCGUCGCCGAUGCGGAAUCGCGAUGCAUGCCUCUUGGAAGCCCACGACGAUAUUAUCUUGCCGACUGGCCGUCGCGCCUACGUCAUUUCGCAGCAUUCGGUGCCGUUCGCAGCGUGCGCCGACAAUGAAGCGACGCUCAACGUCGUGCGUGCGUCCAUCACGGAUUCGGGUCUCAUUGUGUCGGAAACGGGCACGCCGGGCCAGUGCCGCGUCCAGCUCUUCCUCAGCAUGGACCUGCGUGGACGUGGACCGCAAUGGCUGACAAAGCGCGUCAUGCUCAAGCGCGUCGCACGCCUCCAGUCGCUGCACGCUGCCGUGGCCAACCUCCGCCGCGCAAAAAUGUCGAUGGGCGGCGACUUUUCGAUGUACGGCGACAACCAAAGCGAGUGCGGUCGCUGCCACAAGCGCUUCCAGAGCUCUUUUUCGUUGAAACGCCGGCUCUUUCAAUGCACGUCGUGCUGCCACACAUUUUGCCGCCAGUGUACGGUGGACGCCUCGAAAGGUCGCAAGUGCCAUGCGUGCUGGGGGGCCUCGACGGGGGGCUGCUUUCGGAGUCCGUACCCGUCGUCCGGUCCGAGCGGGUACGAUGUCGGCAUGGCAUCGCCGUGUCGCCAGUAUAGUCCCAACGUCACCCGGCAGCAACUCCAGCAGUGGAUACACCCGGCGUGGGUACCGGACGUACCCGAGCUAGACAUUGACUGGCUCGGACCCUUGCCCCCAUCAAAGUAAACAACUCUGAAGAUAACUAAAAACCAGUUACCUCGUAAUAACGCC